AUGGAACUAGGGCCCAACUUAUUCCAGUUUAACAUCCCUAACUUGGAAGAUAAAAAAAGAGUUGUGGAAGGGGGCCCGUGGUUGAUAGAUAAUCAAGUGCUGGUACUUAGAAGGUGGUCAGAAAGGAUUGAAGAAAAUUAUGGAGCCUUCGUUACAGCGCCAAUAUGGGUGCAACUAUGGAACUUGCCUGUGCAUUGGUUAACUAAAGAGGUAGGUAGGAAGAUCGGGGCAGCGUUUAAGGAAGUAAAGGAGGUUAUUAUCCCUCAAACUGGGGGAAAGGGGGGUAGGCAUUUGAAAUUACUGGCCCUAGUUGACCUAUCAACACCCCUUCUUAGAGGCACAGUGAUGCAAAUAGCAGAUGUGUUUAAGUGGGUAGUAUUCAAAUAUGAGAGAUGCCCAGACUUCUGUUAUAGUUGUGGUGUUGUAGGCCAUAGUGAGAGGUCAUAUAAAGAACAGAGUGUUACGAUAGGAAGGCUCUCAGAGAACCAAUAUGGCCCUUGGAUGAGAGCAGGAAGCAUCAGAAGUCCUAGUAAGGAAAGACUUUUGAGAACUGAAUUGAAUAAGGACAGAAGAUACUGGAAAUUUCAGGAUGGAGAAAUGGUUGAGAGAAAGAGGAAUAGGAUAAAAAUAGGAGAUAGGCUGUUGGAGUUCCUUGAGAAUACAAAUAAGAAAAACAGAAGCAAACAACUCCUAGUUAAGGAGGGGGAAGAGAAGAGAUUGGGGAAACUUAAAAGUAGCCCACCAAAUAGGUUAGAUGAUAGUGAAGCAGCACGAGUUAUUGGUACUACAACUCAGCAAAUGGUCUUGGAAAAACAAAGAUCUUCCUAG